UUCCUUUCUCCUUCUUUCCUUCCUUCUCUUUCCUUCCUUCCUUCCUUCCUCUAUUCCUUUCUUUCUCAAUUCCUUCCUUCCUUCCUUCCUUCCUUCCUUCCUUCCUUCCCUCCUCUUUUUCCUUUCUUUCUCAAUUCUUUUCUUCCUUCCUUCCUUCCUUCCUUCCUUCCUUCCUUCCUUCCUUCUCUUUUCCUUCCUUCCUUCCUUCUUUCUUUCCUUCUCUUUUCCUUCCUUCCUUCCUUCUUUCCUUCUCUUUUCCUUCCUUCCUUCCUUCCUUCCUUCCUUCCUUCCUUCCUUCCUUCCUUCCUUCUCUUUUCGUUCCUUCCUUCUUUCUUUCCUUCUCUUUUCCUUCCUUCCUUCCUUCCUUCCUUCCUUCCUUCUCUUUUCCUUCCUUCCUUCCUUCCUUCCUUCCUUCCUUCCUUCCUUUUUUCCUUCCUUCCUUCCUUCCUUCCUUCCUUCCUUCCUUCCUUCUCUUUUCCUUCCUUCCUUCUUUCCUUCUCUUUUACUUCCUUCCUUCCUUCUUUCCUUCUCUUUUCCUUCCUUCCUUCCUUCCUUCCUUCCUUCUCUUUUCGUUCCUUCCUUCUUUCUUUCCUUCUCUUUUCCUUCCUUCCUUCCUUCCUUCCUUCCUUCCUUCCUUCCUUCCUUCCUUCUCUUUUCCUUCCUUCCUUCUUUCCUACCUUCUCUUUUCCUUCCUUUCUCCCUUCCUUCCUUCCUUCCUUCCUUCCUUCCUUCCUUCCUUCCUUCUCUUUUCCUUCCUUCCUUCUUUCCUUCUCUUUUACUUCCUUCCUUCCUUCUUUCCUUCUCUUUUCCUUCCUUCCUUCUUUCCUUCUCUUUUUUUUUUUCCUUCCUUCUUUCCUUCUCUUUUACUUUCUUCCUUCCUUCCUUUUCUUUUCCUUCCUUCCUUCUUUCCUUCCUUCUCUUUUCCUUCCUUUCUCCCUUCCUUCCUUCUUCCUUCCUUCCUUCCUUCCUUCUCUUUUACUUCCUUCCUUCCUUCUCUUUUACUUACUUCCUUCCUUCCUUCUCUUUUCCUUCCUUCCUUCUUUCCUUCCUUCUCUUUUCCUUCCUUUCUCCCUUCCUUCCUUCUCUUUUCCUUCCUUCCUUCCUUCCUUCCUUCCUUCCUUCCUUCUUCUCUUUUCCUUCCUUUCUCCCUACUUUCUUUCCCUUCUUUUCCUUCCUUCCUUCCUUCCUUCCUUCCUUCCUUCUUCUUCCUCCUCUUUCCUUUCGUUCUCAAUUCUUUCCUUCCUUCCUUACUUCAUUCUCUUUUCCUUCCUUCCUUUUAUCCUCCACUUUUCCUUUCUUUCUCAAUUCUUUCCUUCCUUCUUUUUUCUUUCCUUCCUUCCCUCCUUCCUUCCUUCCUUCCUUCCUUCCUUCCUUCCUUCUCUUUUCCUUCCUUUGUCCGUUCUUUCUUUCCUUCUCUUUUCCUUCCUUCCUUCUCUUUUCCUUCCUUCCUUCCUCCUCUUUUCCUUCCUUUCUCCCUUCUUUCCUUCCUUCUCUUUUCCUUCCUUCCUUCCUUCCUCUAUUCCUUUCUUUCUCAAUUCCUUCCUUCCUUCCUUCCUUCCUUCCUUCCUUCCUCCCUCCUCUUUUCCUUUCUUUCUCAAUUCUUUUCUUCCUUCCUUCCUUCCUUCCUUCCUUCCUUCCUUCCUUCCUUCCUUCUCUUUUCCUUCCUUCCUUCCUUCUUUCUUUCCUUCUCUUUUCCUUCCUUCCUUCCUUCUUUCCUUCUUUUUUUCCUUCCUUCCUUCCUUCCUUCCUUCUCUUUUCGUUCCUUCCUUCCUUCUUUCUUUCCUUCUCUUUUUCCUUCCUUCCUUCCUUCCUUCCUUCCUUCCUUCUCUUUUCCUUCCUUCCUUCUUUCCUUCCUUCUCUUUUCCUUCCUUUCUCCUUCCUUCCUUCCUUCCUUCCUUCCUUCUCUUUUCCUUCCUUCCUUCUUUCCUUCUCUUUUACUUCCUUCCUUCUUUCCUUCUCUUUUCCUUCCUUCCUUCUUUCCUUCUCUUUUACUUCCUUCCUUCCUUGUUUCCUUCUCUUUUACUUACUUCCUUCCUUCCUUCUCUUUUCCUUCCUUCCUUCUUUCCUUCCUUCUCUUUUCCUUCCUUUCUCCCUUCCUUCCUUCCUUCCUUCUUUCCUUCUCUUUUACUUCCUUCCUUCCUUGUUUCCUUCUCUUUUACUUACUUCCUUCCUUCCUUCUCUUUUCCUUCCUUCCUUCUUUCCUUCCUUCUCUUUUCCUUCCUUUCUCCUUCCUUCCUUCCUUCCUUCCUUCCUUCCUUCCUUCUCUUUUCCUUCCUUCCUUCUUUCCUUCUCUUUUACUUCCUUCCUUCUUUCUUUCCUUCUCUUUUCCUUCCUUCCUUCCCUCCUUCCUUCCUUCUCUUUUCCUUCCUUCCUUCUUUCUUUCCUUCUCUUUUCCUUCCUUCCUUCCUUCCUUCCUUAGUUCCUUCCUUCCUUCCUUCCUUCUUCUCUUUUCCUUCCUUCCUUCUUUCCUUCUCUUUUCCUUCCUUCCUUCCUUCUUUCCUUCUCUUUUCCUUCCUUUCUCCCUUCUUUCUUUCCUUCUCUUUUCCUUCCUUCCUUCCUUCCUUCCUUCCUUCCUUCCUUCCUUCCUCCUCUUUUCAUUUCUUUCUCAAUUCUUUUCGUCCUUCCUUCCUUCCUUCCUUCCUUCCUUCCUUCUCUUUUCCUUCCUUCCUUUCUUCCUCCACUUUUCCUUUCAUUCUCAAUUCUUUCCUUCCUUCUCUUUUCUUUCCUUCCUUCCCUCCUUCCUUCCUUCCUUCCUUCCUUCCUUCCUUCUCUUUUCCUUCCUUUCUCCGUUCUUUCUUUCCUUCUCUUUUCCUUCCUUCCUUCUCUUUUCCUUCCUUCCUUCCUCCUCUUUUCCUUCCUUUCUCCCUUCCUUCCUUCCUUCCUUCCUUCCUUCCUUCCUUCCUUCCUUCCUUCCAGGGAAUAUUUCUUUCAUUCUAAGGAUGCAUUUUCUUUCUUUCUUUCCUUAA